CUACGGGCCGAGGCGCCGUGGCUGAGUGCACAGGGCUCGGGCCCGCGCGCCGCGCGCGUGACGGUACCGGCGCCGCCACAGGGACCUUCUAUGGGCGGAGGUUUUGCGGCCUUGGAGUUCGCGCUGCCGCAGGAGCCGCAGGCUGCAGACCUAGGGACCCCGGGGACGUGGGCGGGGGCGGCUGGGCUCCCGACACCGUCGGUGCACAUCCCGGUGCCAGCGCAGAGAUCCCCCCCAGGAAAAGCUCGGCUAGAUGAGGUCCUGGCCGCGGCAGCCCUUACAAGCCUGUCUACUAGCCCCCUCUAUCUGGGGGCCCCUGCUGUAUCCUUCAGUCCAGAGCCUGACUUGGAACCCUGGAGGGAGGCCCUGACUCAGCCCACUGGCAGCUACAGCAGCAGCAGCAACAGUGGAGACUGGGUCUGGGACCAGGCCAGCGACCAGUCCUCCCCGUCCACACCAUCUCCCCCACUGCCCCCUGAGGCAGCCCACUUUCUGUUUGGGGAGCCCACUCAGAGGAAACGGAAGAGCGCGGUCCAGGUGGUGUUCCAGUGCCUGUGGAAGAGCUGCGGGAAGGUGCUGCGCACAGCCUCCGCCAUUCAGAGACACAUCCGCCUGGUGCACCUGGGGAGACGGGCAGAGCCUGAGCACAGUGAUGGUGAGGAGGACUUCUACUACACUGAGCUGGACAUUGGUGUGGACAUGCUGACCAAUGGGCUGUCUAACCUGGCCCCAACGUCCCCUGAGGCCCCUGUGCCCCCUGCCUUCCCCGACCUGGACCUGCCUAGCCUGCUGCGGCCUCUGGCCCUGCCCCUGCCCCCUUUGCUUAGCUCUGCAGCUCCUCCCAAGACAUGCCACGGUGACCAUGCCCACCAUGCUGGGGAGGCAACAGAUGGCAGCUGGGAACAAGUCUCAGGGCAUUCUGGAGAGGAGCGAAGUCCAAGUUGCAGUUCCCCCCAGGGCUGCCUGGCACCCGUCCAUGUGGACCCACAGCCCACUGAGGGCCGGGCCACUGCACCAGCCCUGCCCUCCAAGCUUGGUGUCAGCUUGAGGAAGCCCCGAGGUGAUGCCAAGAAGUGCCGGAAGGUGUACGGCACGGAUCACCGGGACCUGUGGUGCACAGCCUGCCGCUGGAAGAAGGCUUGUCAGCGGUUCCUGGACUGAGCCCAUUGGCCCUGCUGUCCUGCCUCCUGUCCUGGGCAAUCACCAGGCCUUGCCUCUUCUAGCUGUGGGGCUACUUCCUAAGGCAGGAGACAGUAGGGGAGAUGGUGACCCUGGGCCCCAGCAGUGGGGAAAGGGGUCCUGCUAUUCAAAGUGCCUCUGAAGAAGCCAGCGUUUUUGCACUAAAGCCAAAUAACAUCACUGUCCCCUUGGCCCCAGGACUGUUGCCCCCCUGCCUGUUGGCCCAGGACUGGCCAAAGAUGUUGGCAGGCCAGCUGUAGGGUUCCAUCCUAGAGGCACUUUGAGGGGUGUUGAGAAGGGGACUUCCAUACUCGCACCUAAUGCAGUGGUUUAGGGGCCAGGGCUGACUUUUUCCAUGUUUCUGAAGCUCAGGUGUCUCACGUCUGGGCCACCAGGCGAGGAGAAAAAUUAAAAAUUGGGUUUUUUCCAGAA